AUGGCUAGAGGACCAAAGAAGCACCUGAAGAGAUUGGCAGCUCCACACCACUGGUUGUUGGACAAGCUAUCCGGCUGUUACGCUCCAAGACCAUCCGCUGGUCCACACAAGUUGCGCGAGUCUUUGCCAUUGAUCGUCUUCUUGAGAAACAGAUUAAAGUAUGCUUUGAACGGUCGCGAGGUCAAGGCCAUCCUAAUGCAGCGUCAUGUUAAGGUUGACGGUAAGGUCAGAACUGACACUACCUACCCAGCUGGUUUCAUGGAUGUCAUCACUCUAGAGGCUACCAACGAGAACUUCAGAUUGGUAUACGAUGUCAAGGGCAGAUUUGCUGUCCACCGUAUCACCGAUGAGGAGGCUACUUACAAGUUGGGUAAGGUUAAGCGCGUUCAGCUAGGUAAGAAGGGUGUCCCAUACGUGGUCACUCACGACGGCAGAACCAUCAGAUACCCAGACCCAAACAUCAAGGUUAACGACACCGUCAAGGUUGACCUUGCUACUGGUAAGAUUACCGACUUCAUCAAGUUCGACACUGGUAAGUUGGUGUACGUCACCGGUGGCCGUAACUUGGGCCGUAUUGGUGUCAUCACCCACAGAGAGAGACACGAGGGUGGCUUUGACUUGGUUCACAUCAAGGACUCCUUGGAGAACACUUUCGUCACCAGAUUGAACAACGUUUUCGUCAUCGGUGAGCAAGGUAGACCAUGGAUCUCCUUGCCAAGGGGUAAGGGUAUUAAGUUGUCCAUUGCUGAGGAGCGUGACCGUAGAAGAGCUCAACAAGGUUUGUAA